GUCAAGUAGUAACAGAGACCUAUUGAAAAAUUGCUUUAAAUUUGUGAUUCUUUAAAAGUAGUUCAAAAGAAAAUUUUAAUUUGAUUUUCUUCAAAGAAUCAUGGCUUUACUUCCCGUUCCUCAAGCUUUUACAUGGGCUCAACAAGGACUAACCAACGUUACUGUUGUCGAUAAAGUUCCCGAGGAGAUGCGGUAUCUCGUUGAUGCGCAUUGGUAUCAAUUUGCUCCGAUGAAUCCUUUGUGGCACUCCGUUUUGGGAUUCAGCAUUUUUGUUCUCGGAGUUAUCUCGAUGGUUGGAAAUGCGAUUGUGAUUUAUAUUUUUACGACAACGAAAUCGUUAAGGACUCCGAGUAACUUGUUGGUUGUGAAUUUGGCAUUUUCGGACUUUCUUAUGAUGUUCACGAUGUGCCCGCCGAUGGUUUAUAACUGCAUUAUGGAGACAUGGGCAUUGGGACCUUUGUUCUGUACAAUUUACGGGAUGUGUGGAUCGUUAUUUGGAUGCAUCAGUAUUUGGACAAUGACCUUGAUUGCCUUUGAUCGUUACAACAUCAUCGUCAAUGGUUUGAGCGCGAAACCAAUGACAGUAAAUGGCGCCAAAAUUCGCAUCUUCCUCGUUUGGGCAGCUUGUCUCAUGUGGACUUCUUUCCCCUUGUUCGGAUGGAAUCGUUACGUUCCCGAAGGCAAUAUGACAGCUUGUGGCACGGAUUACUUAACCAAAGAUUUCGUUAGUCGUUCCUACAUUCUCGUUUACUCCGUUUUUGUUUAUUGGAUGCCUCUUUUCCUCAUCAUUUUCUCGUACACGUUCAUCCUGAAGGCAGUUGCUGCUCACGAACGUUCAAUGCGAGAACAAGCAAAAAAGAUGAACGUUGCUUCUUUACGAUCUGCAGAUACUGAUCAACAAAGUACGGAAUGUAAACUCGCAAAAGUCGCCCUUUGCACGAUCUCGUUAUGGUUUAUGGCAUGGACGCCAUAUUUGAUCAUAAAUUUCGCGGGAAUAUUUGAAGCGACAAAUAUUAGUCCAUUGGCGACAAUUUGGGGAUCAGUUUUUGCCAAAGCCAAUGCGGUUUACAAUCCGAUUGUUUAUGGCAUCAGUCAUCCGAAGUAUCGACAAGCGCUUAUUAAGAAAUUUCCGUCGUUGGCUUGUGCUCCAGAUGCGGAUGAUAAUAUCUCCGUUGGAUCGGAAGGAACUGCUGUUACCACAGAAAAAGCUUAAAAUUUGUUUCCCGCCUUUUUUCCUUCCGAAAAAAAUUUUUAAUGAAAAAAAAAUAAACAGAUAGUUAGUUGAUCAUCAUCAAAGUAUUCUUCACAUAAUUAAGUUGAAUUUUAUUUUUGUUGCGAGAUUUUAGCACCAAAUAAACUUAGCAAG